AUGGAGCUCGCGGGGACGUCGGGUGCUGGCGUGGUGCGGCUGGAGAGUGUGCGUUACCUGCUGUUGGGAGCGGGUGUCGAAGCGACGCUGGGCGGCUGCGGUAUGAGUGUGGACCCAGCGUGGUCGGCCGACGGGGGGGAGGGGGCCAGUGCUGUUGGAGGCGUGACAUGGCGCUGCUUUACCUGCGACAAGACGUUCGCCACCGUGCGGCGGUUCGAAGCGCACUUGAAUCUCCACCGCAUUCGGUGCCGCCGCCGCUGCCACGUCUGUCAGAAGGAGCUGUGUGGCACGACGCAGGACUUCCGGCGCCACCUCAAGACGCACGCGGCCACCGAGGCGUUCGCCUGCGACCUGUGCGGCAAAACGUUCAAGCUUGCCCGCUACCUGAGUAGCCACAACGCCACCGUGCACUCGGCGGCGUAUCCGUUCAGCUGUUCGGUGUGCGCUCGCAGUUUUAAACGUAAGGGGCAGCUGCGUGCGCACAGCAUGAUCCAUACGGGGGAGAGGCCGUACGUGUGUCAGAUACCUGAGUGUGGCAAGGCUUUCGUGCGCAAGAGCUCACUGGAGGCGCACAGCCUGAUCCACACGGGCCAGAAGCCGUUCGCAUGCGACUGGGCCGGAUGCGCGUUCCGCGCCCGAGACAGUUCAAGCGUCCGGAACCACAAGAGCAUGGUGCAUAACAAGCGACAGCACGCGUGCGGCAUGUGCGGCAAGGCGUUCCGGUGUCGCCAGGCGCUGACACGGCACCUGGUCAGCCACAGCGACGAUCGACCCUUCGGCUGCCGGUGCGGCAAGGCGUUCAAGUUGCUCGGCGCUCUGCAGCGGCACAUGCGCUUGCACCGAGAGCGACCGGGCAGCCCCAGCGCGCAGCACCGACCGGGCAGCCCCAGCGCACAGCAGCGGCCUGACGGCCCCAGCGCACAGCAGCCGCCGGCGCCAAUGCAGCUCGAACGGCGUCGGGCCGCUACCCAGCGCGUGCAUGCAGGGGAUGUCACUGACGUACCAUCGUCGCCCAGAACGGGUGUCACCGACAGCCCACCGCAGUCUGUGGCAGGCGAUACCGAUGGACCAGCUCUGCGCCUGACAUUUGACACCGAUGGACCAGCGCUGCGCGUCACGACUGACACCGACGGACCAGCGCUGCUCGUGAAGUGUGACACCGACGACACGCCGCCGCUCAUGGUCGAUGAGACCGUCUGGUGA